CGCUCCUUCUCGACUUGAGUCUUUCUCGACGAUUCACAUCCAACUAGAUACGCUCUCAAAAAAAAAUCUGACCCUCACUUUUUUCUUAGACUUGAACCCCAUUUUAAUCCACCUUUCACCAUAUCAAGUUUCUUAAACGACAUACCAACGUUAUGGUCAAGCUUUCAAUAAUAGCACCUUUGGUGUACAUUGCUGUUCUUGUCGGCACUCUUGCAGUUUUCUCAUCUUUAUAUCGGAAGCGAAAAGCCAACAAAGCUGCCUCCUUGGAGCCUUGGUUCGGCCCACACUAUCCCCGCGAUAUAUACCUGACGCUCUUACAUCAGGAGAACCCCAAAGUCCCUGACAACAUCCUCAAAGCAGCGCUCGUUCGACGCGCAACCGAAGAUAUCCGCCGCGUUGUCACCAUUCGCCAAGCCAAAGGUUCUCUUCAACAACUAUUACAAAAGGGUAGUAUCGGCGAUGACCUAUGGACCCGGUUUACCGUCGCUGAAGCCGAAAUUGAGGAGGAACUUAAAGAUGUUGCCAUGGAAGCCAAUGGAUUUAGCAGUGAAUGGGCUGCCAGUAUUUUUCAGAGUGCCAAUGAGAUUGUCCAAGCAACAAGGGUUCGAGAACGUGCUGCCGAAGUUGCUGAGCAGGCUGCAACCGAACGAGCAUGGUGGAAUGAGAAGAGAGAGCGUGCCUCGCGCGAAUUACUAGGAGAGAAUAACUCAGAUGAGGACGGCGUGCUGGUCGAAUCCUCGGGAUCUAGAGGUGCUGCAAGACCCGGCGCUGCGACUCGGGGGAAGGGGAAGAGCGCCAGCUAGUUUAUGAUAUACGGGUUGGUGGGAUAGAAAAUGGGGGAAUAUUGGCGCAUUCAUGUUUUCACACUCCUAGCUCGUGCAACGGCACUACAAUAAAAGUCCCAGAAGGUUCUGUCUUUUCUCUACUGUACCCUCAAAGGUCCACUUUGGUGAUCAAGGGAGAUCGACCAGGGAUUCGGUAUUCUGUACAUUAUUUUGUUCUUGCCUGGUUUCUUCUAAAUUUUCAGCAGCACUUUUCUUUUUUUCCCCCUUUUUAAGAUUUCUUCCGAGCAGGCAGGGAUUGGUUGGACGAGAUACUUGUAUACCGUAAUGGCAGUAUUGAGAGGCAUGACACGCGACACCUCUAGUGAAGGUGAUUCGAGCGAUCUUGAGGAGUGUUCUACAUGAAUGCAAGCGCAGAGGCAUUCGCAGGGUGGUGGUGGUGACGAUAGUUACAAAAAGUACCAAGUCACUCCGUGAGCGCAGAUGUCAUACCAGUAGAGAGCACCGUCGAAUGAACAUCUACUGGUACAUGGUAGGGGUAUAUUUUUAGUUGAGGAUAGCCCCCAUUUUCUUGUGUUGUGGGAAUUCCCGGUAGGAAAUGAAAUCAGAUAAGGAUGGAGC